AUGAGAGACGAAAAUAUCAGGAGUCAUACUCGUCGGGUCGAGAUUGAACGUGGGCCGAAUGGAUUUGGGUUCGUGCUACGCGGAGCAAAAAAUGACGGGCCGAUUGCCGAAUUUACCCCUUCUCCUGCCUUUCCUGCUGUUCAGUACUUGGAGUCUGUUGACCCCAAGGGUCCAGCCUACGAAGCUGGCCUGAGAGAUGGAGAUUUCAUCAUCGAGAUCAAUGGAAUCUCAAUUAUUCGAGCUGGACACCGGCAAGCAGUCGAUCUCAUUCGCGGUGCCAUCGGAGUACUUCGCAUCACUGCCACUAGCGUAAUCACAAAUAUCGACUCCGGCACCGGCACUGCAACAAUUAUUCGCACACCACGAAGACAAAUGUCAGCCCAAGACAUACAGGAAAUGGACGAAAGACAUCACGGUCAACGUUCGGUAGGCCGAUCGGCUACCUCAAACACUAGAACUCGCCCAGAGAGGACUUCAUCGUCCUCAAGAGGCGUCUCGUCAAUCAUAACCACGAUGGGGAGCCGAUCAACCUCGCCUGCGCCGUCAGAUCAAUCUGGCUCGUCAACACAAAGCGGAGGAAAACGGACUAAGCCGCCGCCCCCGGUUAGAUUGAAUUCAACAUUGACUUCUACUCAGGCUUCUCAAUACGUCCAGCGUCUGAAUGAGACGCCGCCUUCAAGUCCAUCUUUGAGCACCUUCGGCUCUCCUCAGCAAUCAAACCCGAGCAAGGAUAGCAGCAGGCGACCUUCCGUUGUAGAAAUCCCAAAAGCUCCUCCCCUCCCUGUAUCAAAGCCCCCAGCAUCCCUCGCCGGCUCUACGUCAUCAUCAGCGACUACCACCAUAAUACCUCCAACGAUUCCAGUCCAAUCGAAAACGCUACCAAAACCAGAAAAACCAAAACGACCAGAGUCAAUCCGCCGGCUCAAUUCAUCGGACUCAUUGACAAAAGUCGAGACUAAAACUGUAAAUUACGACACGGUCGAAGAAGUCGAUCGAGAACUCUCCGCCAUCGCGAAAAAGAAGGAAACGCUCGACCCUACAGCGCCAUUCGCGAUUGCACUCAGUGCCAAGUACAGAACGUUAACAAAAAGAAAAGAAAGGCUGCAGAGUUUGCCAACGGCUGAGGAUAUCGCCGAGCGCUUCGCAAACGCAGAAAAUGGCAGCAACAAAAACAGGAAUCCAUCUGACUGCUCGCUUCCGCCUCCCCCGCUUCAACCACAAAAGGAAGCCAAAUCCGAAAAAGCGCCAGAAGUCGCUCCUCAAAGUCCCGACUCGUUAUUGUCCGAGCAAGCGGCUGACAAAGGAGAAGUGCUUCGCCGUUUUGAUCUCUGUCCGCAAGACAGCCAGGUUAGCAAGACGCAGACGAAGUACCCCUUCGAAAUUCCCGAGCCGCGUUUCGACGUGCCGGACUCUGGCACUGAAACAUACGGCAGCAGCUCGACUGGCUCAUCUGGCACUGCAGAAAAACAUCAGCAAUUCUUGCAGCUGCAAAUGCGAUUUCAGCGAGACGCGCUUCCAGAAGAAACAUCUUAUCUCUCCACUCGCCAGGCUUCUUGCUGGACGACAAAGGAGGUCGUCACGUGGCUAGAAGCUAACAACUUCGAGCAGUACUCUUCCGAGUUCCAGGAGAACGACAUUUCCGGCGAAAACCUGCUGGAUCUUACGAAAGAAGAGCUCACCGAAAUGGGCGUAACCAAGAUCGGACAUCGCAAAACUUUACUCAACCUUAUCCAACGCCUCAAAGAACCAACUAUGCAAUGA